GAAACGUGUGUGUUUGUUACGGAGUUGAGUCUGACCGUCGUGGUGACUGCGCCAUACCUCCACAAAAACCCAAGAAUACAGCAGCAAGCAAGCGAGUAAGAAAGCCAAAAUAAGGUGGGCUCCCCGUGGCUGGAGUGAAGUUGUGUCGGAUACGAAGAAAUCGGUUCUUCUGAAAGGGGUACGAUUAGGCUUUUUCGCGUGGAAUAGUUGUUUUGGGAUCUUGGGGUGUGCGGUGGCGAAAAAUGGCUCUGCCCAAACGAAGCCCGGAAGAAGAGAGUGGCUCCGGAAAGUGGUGAAAAUUUUUGCCUGUAGUGCAAAUCUCCGUGUGGAAAAAUAAGGAGGCUCGGGAAAAUUGAGGCCCCUCGGCUGCUGCUGCUGCUGCUACUGCUGCUACUAUUACUACUAGCUGGGUGUGUGUGUUUUGAUUUUUCCUCGGUAAAAGCAAAGAAGGCGACGACGACGACAACCACUAUUCAUGGCUUACUCUAGUUAGUAGUGCAGUGCUACUCCCGAGGGUCGUCUUGGAAGUUGAAGUGAAGUUCUUGUUCCCCCGCCUGCUUGGGCUCGGUCGUCGAGGGGUGUGUGCGGUGUGUAUUGAUUAAAGAGCCGCGACUCGCUGGCACGUACAACACUCGAGUGGAAGAAGUGUAAGAAGAAGAAGAAGAAGAAGAAGUAGGUGGGUGCCCUCGCUGGUCCUUAACCUCCCCGCGGCGGGCAUCGUGCAUCGUCUCCGAGUCGGAAGAGAAGUGCGUGCGAGAAGAUUGUCGUGUCCCAAAGGAGCAGCAGUGCGAAGUCAUUGAAGCAGAUACAAGGGGUUGAAAUAUACCUUGCGGAUGAAAAAGAAUAAGGUGUGAAAUUUCAAGUGUCUAGAGCGGAAAAUCAAUUCGAAAAGUGGCAAGCUGAGUUCCGAAAGCUUCCCGGAGUUGUGUGUGCGUGGAGGAAAAUCUGUCUCCGUAGUCGGUCGGAAAAUCCACAGCAAAUUGGAAUCCAUGUUGUGAUCGGAGCCUGUGACCCUGGGAGUGAGUGUGCGUGUAGGUACCGUCGAUUCAGAGCCGCAGCAUCCGCCGCAACCGGAAGUGAGAAGAUAAUAGCAAUUGUUCUGUCAAAAAUCUGUCACGUUUUUCUCGAGUGAGCCAAAUUUGUCACCGAUAUGGAUCCACCAGCAGCGCCAUCCUUUAUGGUCGAGUUGCUGCACUCGGUGCCGCACAUCAACAUCACCCUGCACCGGGUAAAUGACACCUUUAACCCGAACAGCACCAUCUACAUCGAGAGCUUGGGCAUACUGGCCUCGAUUCCGGCGGCUCUGCUGAUCAUCUCGUUGGUGUUCCUGCUGCUCUACCUGUUGACCAGAUGCUGCGACCGGAAACCGAGGAAACCGAAGUCGCACGGAUGCCAAAAGUGUACGCUGGUGUUCUUUGCCAUCGUGUGCUGCGCCGCCAUCGGGCUCGGACUGUACGGGAACGAUGAUCUGCACAAUGGAGUCCUGCAAAUCUUCAACUCCGGCCGGAAGAUCGAACGGUUGAUACUGAACGUUAGGAAUCAGACCGAGAUGGUGAAGCAGAAUCUCAAAACCAAGGUGGUCCUGUCGGAGCUGGAGGCCAAGUUCGAUCAGCCACCGCAGUUGUACAACCAAACGGCCCAGUACCUGCUGCAGGACACGGUCAAGAUGGUCAAGGACAACACGACGCUGGCGAUCAACGCGCUGGAAACGGUCGUCUACCUGACGCGGCCCUCGUACUCGGAUAUGACGCUGAAGAGUUUACUGGAUACGUACGAAUUCUACGAAGAGCUGCGAUGGCCGGUUACGCUAGGAUUCUUGACCUUCCUGCUGGUGCUGUGCAUCAUCCUGGUCAUCGGGGCCACGCGCAGUUCCCGCUGUGCACUGAUCUUCUUCAGCGUGUGUGGCCUGCUGGCCGUGACCGUAUGCUGGUUGCUUUCCGGGAUCUAUCUGGCCAGUGCUGUUGCACUGGGGGAUUUCUGCAUGAAACCGAACGAUUUCAUCUGUAGUCAGCAAAAGCUCAAGGACGUCCAGUACACGUACUGCAGCUCGGUUGGCACCAACCGGUACGUACUGCGGCUCAACGAAUCCAAAGACUACGUCGACCGGGCGAAGGAAUCGCUCGAUACGGUAACCCGAAUUGCCAUCGAUCUGUACCCUCGCUUCGAGAUGAGUUCGAAAAUUAAUCGACUGAAUGGCGAGCUGGACGACAGCAAACGGCAGCUGAUUGCCCUGUCGGCCAUGGCCGACCGGCGGGCCGUCAUGGAGCACUAUGCCAACGCUACCCGGGGUCUGUGCGAGGGUGGUCUGUUUGGGCUGACGCUGAUGCUGCUGGCCAGCUUGGUGUCGGCUGCCAUCCUCAGCCUGCUGGUGUGCGUCGAUUCGCACACCUGGAUCUAUCUGACUAAGAAACGCCCGUACGAGGACAAGUCGGAGACGGCACCGCUCUUCCCGGCAGGAGCGGCAACGGCAUCACCGGCGUCGGCACAGAUUACAUCCGGCACGAUGACGGUCAAUCGGACGCUGCUGCACGCCCAGGCCACGACCACCAGCAACGGGAGCACCAGCGGCCUGAUAGCGAGCAGCGGCCGCAACGGAACCACACACGGAUUGCGCGGGUUGGCAUCGUACAGUGGCGAUGAGUCGCCACCGCCAGAUUAUAAUGUUGUGGUGCAUGAUAACAGAGCAUCCGGGCACCACACCCUAGGUCGGUUACCUUCGCAGCAGGCCCACAUGGCCGGGCCGAACAACGGCAAGUACGCAACGCUUAGUAAACAGUGUAAAACGCUCGAAUCGAGCGACUUCUACUGAGAAUCGCCUGCCUGCAAUGUGUCAAGUGCAGGCAGCAAUAAACUAGGUGAGUUCGGAACUCCCGCAACUUCCCAUCACAACGCACCUCCCGCUAGAGUAGCUAACGAUUCGCCUGUCGAUACGUUUGCAGAUAAGAACCUGACAGCUUCAACCGCAACCCUCUCGGAGAAAGAUCCACGUGACAUUAGCAACAAUGGCUUCAACCGGUUCGACCCGAAGUACGUGAGUAUCGGUCCGAAGGCGAUCCGAGCUACCGGGAACCAGGCGACGGCCAAUGUGAACAAGUGUGCCACUCUGCGGGCCCAUGGCCGCUAUGCCAGUGGAGGACGAGGCACCAGUCCAAGUCCCCAUCUGAAGAGCGUCCAGCAGCCGAUGGUCGCUCAGUCGCAGUUCAAGCCACCGCAGACGCAACAUACUCAAUUGCUAGACAAGUCGGAUCGCCAGUUGAAUCAAACCAAGUUGAACAUCUCCACCGUCUCGAAAGACUACAAUCAAUCGUACUCGUGCGCAACGCUACCGUAUAAGAAGCCCAGUGGAUUCACCGAUACGACCACUACGUCAAUAUUGAAAAAGGAAAGUAACCUCGAUAGUAAACAUCAACAUCCAACCGUCUACAGCAUCGAUACGUCUCAUCAUCAGUCGGCAGCGCAGCCAUCAACCCAACAUCAUCGGUCUCUGUCGAGCACAAAUCAGCUGUACCACGAAACGGGAGCAGGAUCGGCCUUCGCUAGCCCACCGCCUUCGUCCGCGUCAACGGCUACCACCAAGAGUAACAUCUCGAUCAUCAACCAACCACUGCCAGAGAUUCCGACCGCGGCUCAGAGCAGCGGCCUGAAGAACAAUCAACAGCCACUGUGUGCCGCCACACUCAAUCAGUACCGAUCGCUGCAGCGACCGAGCAAGCAGCAGAGUUCGCUCAGCCUGAAGGAACCGUCUCCUCAACCGCAGCAUAACCAACUGCUGCUGCAACAGCAGCAUCUACUACAGCAACAACAACAACUGCAGCAACAGCACCAUCCACCACCGGUGCAACCGAAGCCAUCGAUACCGCCCAAGGUAACUCCCCCGAUGCUUCCGCCGAAGAACCGCCACAAAGACGACUCCCUGUACCAAUCCCGGACCUCGUCGGUCUCCUCCAGCACCAGCAGACCUCAGCAACCAUUACCUCAACCUCCCUCGCACCAGUCGUCUUCGUCUUCGCUGCAGUCCUAUGGUCACGUAACUGCCAGCGGCAAGACCAACUUCAACGCCAUACAGCUACAGCUGCAGAAUCAGCUGCAAUUCAAGCAGUACCAUCAACUGAUCCAGCAACCUUGGCAAAGGGAACAGCUAUCCAUGCCGCAGCAUUCGUCUUCGAUCGGUUAUCAAACUCAUGACUCCCGGUACGAUCAAAAGUCAAGCCGGAACCGGUCCUACUCCGGAAGCAGCGAGCGGGAACAACAUCAACAGCAACAACAGCUGCAAUACCAAAAAUCCAGCGGCAGCGAUAAGCAGAAGCAGAGUUACCAGACGCUACCGAAGAAUCAUCACCAUCUAGGCUCGUCAACUACGACCUCAUUCAGCACGCAAACUCAGCCGCAACUGCAACAGCAGGCUGUGCCACAUCAUCACCAUCAUCCCUUGCCGCAGCAACAGCUGCAACAGUUGCAGCAACAGCAACAACAACAACAACAGCAACAACAACAACAACAACAGCAGCAGCAACAGUCACAGCAGGCUGUGACUCAGCAACCGCAGCAACCGAAGAGUAUUCUAAGCAAAUCGCGAUCGAACGAAGCUCGUGAGCGUGAACGAGAACAUCGGGAGCGUGAGCGCGAGCGGGAACGUGAUCGCGAUCGCGAUCGGGAUCGGGACCGCGAUAGAGAUCGAGACCGAGACAGAGAGAGAGGGAGUUCUCAUCGUGGUCACAGUCAUGAGUAUCAUCACGAUUCGCGCUCGGAAAGCAGCAAGAAUCCGAACGUCUACUACCGAUCGUUGCAGCGCGGAGGACUACAGGCCAACAACGAUCUCUACUCGGUGACGGAAUUGUGAGAAAGGUUUGAUUUUUAAGUUUGUUUCUAGAUGUGUUUGGUUCGAGAGACAGCUCUUUCUCUCUCUCUCUCCCAUCGUUUACAAAGUUUGUUCGAACUGCCCUCCAUUUCGAUUCUUAUGAAACAGAACGAGAUUUAAUUCGUCAAACAGCAAAUACUGGUGCUGCCCGCGCUGAGGAGAGCCAUUUUUAAUAAUGGGGAAAUAACUUCACCAUUUGAGUUCCGCGACAAGAACUUUGACUUUGUGAUAAUUUCCGAUGGGUUUUUAAUCGAAGUUCCCCAUCUCCUCCUGAGUAGACGAGGAAAUAGAGGCACAACAAGGGCCGUAACGAAAACAAUACGUAACCAAACGAACACUAACACAAACACUACUGCAAAACAAAACAAACCGAAUCUCACACUCCCACACACAAAGACACAGAGAGACAUAAGCAGAAGCGCACUCAAACAAACAGGAAAAGAAAAUUCAAGCAGAUUUGUACAUAGUUGUAGACUGACGAUGUUUUUACGUAAAUUAUUGAAAAAAAAGAAACACUGUAGCGGGUUACAACUGAAUUUUCACAAAAAAAAAAAACAAAAGCACAGGUGACUUUCCGAAUAGACGAAAAAAAAAAUAAUCGAGCGAAAGCUCAGAGACGAAGCGAUUGUUGUUAAUGUUACUGGAAUGAUAUUCUUCAUUAUUAGAAGCAACAAACUACCAUACGAGAAAAAAAAACAAAAACAGAAAAAAUAGGUUAAAUUGAACUUGCAAUUCUCACUCUUCAUUGCAGGGGAAAAAACUAGAAAAACCAAAAAAAAAAAAGAA